CUGACGCAGCCCUAUAAAAAUGCACAAUCAAUACGGUUCUUCCAUGCUUCCCCUCCGUCGUUCGCCAUGGUCGACCCGUACGAGACGCUUGGAGUCAGCAGAGACGCAUCGGCAGCGGAUAUAAAGAAAGCAUACUACGGACUGGCCAAAAAAUACCACCCAGAUACAAACAAGGACCCUGGUGCGAAGGACAAGUUUGCAGCCGCGCAAUCCGCAUACGAAAUUCUCUCCGACGCCGAGAAGAAGAAGGCCUUUGAUUCAUACGGCGCAGGCGCUUUCGACGCAAAUGGCGGCUUCAACCCUGGUGCUGGUGCUGGGCCUGGAGGGCCAGGAGGAAAUCCAUUCGGCGGAGGCUUUGGAGGCUUCGGCGGUUUUGGUGGCGGGGCACAGGGCCCGUUCCAAGACAUCAAUUUCGAAGACUUGUUCGGCGCAUUCACAGGAGGCAGAAGGGGACGGUCGGGUGGGCGGAGGAGCCCGUUCGAAGAAGAGAUCAUGGUGGGCGACAAUAUCGAAGUGCAAACCAACAUUUCCUUUCUGGAUGCUGCCAAGGGAGUCAAGAAGGACAUUCACGUUACACCAUUGGUAGAAUGCGGGACAUGCCACGGCAGUGGGCUUAAGCAGGGCGCAAAGCGAGCAGAGUGCAAGAGCUGUGGGGGCACUGGGCAAAGGGUAACCAGCAUGGGCAGCUUCCACAUGAGCGCAACCUGUUCAUCGUGUGGCGGUUCAGGAUUUGCCAUUCCCCGAGGUUCGUCUUGCGGCACUUGCGGUGGCGACGGAGCAGUCAAAGAACGGAAGACAAUCACCAUUGAGAUUCCCGGUGGUGUCGAGGAUGGCAUGCGCCUGCGCGUCAACGGCGAGGGAGAUGCGCCGCUUACUGGCCAAGCCAUGUCUUCUGGCCAGAUCCGCGGCCAAAAGGGCGAUCUCUACGUCCUUAUCCGCGUGGCUGCUGACCCCAAGUUCAAGCGUAGCGGCUCGGAUAUUCUCCAUACGGCAACCAUCCCUCUGACCACUGCAGUGUUGGGUGGUGAGAUCAAGGUGCCCACGCUGGACGGCGAGGUCAAGGUCAAGGUGCCAACCGGCUCUGGGACAGGCGACCGCAUUACGCUUCCCGGCAUGGGCAUGAAGGUGCUCUCUGGACGGCGUGGCGGCAAGGGUGAUCUGCGCGUAGAGUUCAAGGUCAACAUGCCCAAGUACCUCAGCGUCAACCAGCGCACCAUUCUCGAGAUGCUCGCAGACGAGAUGGGAGACAAGAGCGCGCAGCGAGUCAUCAAUCCCGGCAAGAUGAAGGAUACGGCGGGCAACACGGCACCCAGCGGGCACGAGAACGAGGGGUUCCUGAAGAGUGCAUGGCAUAAUCUGACUGGCCAACACAGGCACAUGAGCGCUGAAGAACGGCGGCAAGCGGAGGAAGACGAGAAGAAGAAGGGAUCAGGUUAAGGGUGGAUCAGGGUUGGGAUAUGUUGUAUGAAUGGGCCGGCGUACACGGCGACACUACGCGCCACAGGGAGCGGCAGCAAAAACACUGGGUAGCAUUGGAUGGCGUAUGUGAAGCUGUGGCUUGGACCAUGGUGUAUAGAAGUAUUUGUAUCCGGCCUCUC